UGCCUUGACUGGGAAGGUCAAUAGUGCCUGAGGGAAGGCGCGCGCCGAUUUUUCGCCUGGGGUUACGGGCGCGUGCGCGUGGCUUCCCUGGCAGAGCGGAGCCCGACAGUAAUCUGUGAGGUCCGUGGUUUGGCUCAGCCCUGGCGCAGACAUGCUGUGCCGGCUGGGCGGUAGGUGGCUGAGGCCGCUGCCUGUACUGCAGCAUAGGGCCCGGGACCGGCCGCUUGCGCCAACCUCAACGGGCGGCGUUAAGCACUCUGCUCUGCCGGUGUGGGCGGUGGCGUCAGUCUCUGCAGUUGGCUCCGGCGGCCCUGGCAGCUGGUACGAGGCCCUGGCCACGUCGGCGCCGGUGCAUGGCACGGAGGAGGUACUACUCGGCGUGCACACCGCCACAGGUCUGCCCUGGUGGGCCUGCAUCGGUCUCACCACCGUGGCCCUCCGCGGCGCCGUCACGCUACCCCUGGCCGCCUACCAACACUACAUUCUGGCCAAGGUGGAAAAUUUACAGCCAGAAAUAAAAAACAUUGCAAGGCAUCUUAACCAAGAAGUUGCAGUUCGUGCAAAUCAGUUGAGAUGGUCCAAAAGAGUUGCCAGGCUCACUUAUCUAAAGAAUAUGCGGAGGCUUGUUUCAGAGCUGUAUGUUCGGGAUAACUGCCACCCUUUCAAAGCCACUGUUUUGGUCUGGAUUCAGUUUCCCAUGUGGAUCUUCAUGUCUGUUGCUCUCCGGAAUUUUAGCACAGGGGCAACACAUUCAGAAGCAGGUUUUUCUGUUCAGGAACAGUUAGCUACUGAUGGAAUCCUGUGGUUUCCUGACCUCACUGCACUGGAUUCUACUUGGAUUCUGCCUAUCUCCGUUGGUAUCAUCAAUUUAUUAAUAGUGGAGAUUUUUGCUCUGCAAAAAAUUGGAAUGUCUCGUUUUCAGACAUAUAUUACAUACUUUGUUCGUGCGGUAUCAGUGUUGAUGAUUCCAGUUGCUGCAACCAUACCUUCAUCGAUUGUGCUCUACUGGUUGUGCUCCAGCCUCAUGGGCCUUUCACAGAACUUGCUGCUGCGCUCUCCUAGGUUUCGUCAACUUUGCCGAAUACCGUUGACCAAGUCAGAUUCAGGCACUCCUUAUAAGGACCUCUUUGCUGCCUUUUACGCCAAGUUCAUUUCAAAAAAAUGACAUGCUUUCCAUUAAUUUUGAAACAAUUGCCAGUGUCAUUAUCACAAUAUAUUUAGGUUUAGAAAUUCAGAUUUGAUUUAAUUUGUCUUUAAAACCAUGAACUGUGUAAAGUACUAUGGGUUAAGAUAUAAUCCAAAUAUAUUUGACAAUACUUAAAAUCCUUUAAGUGCUAGAAAUAUAUGUUUAAUUGUAUCUUAAAAAUACAAAAGUAGAUCAAAGUGCCUGGUUCUGCUUAUAAAAUUACAACUUGGUAGAGGUGCCAGAACUUUGGAAAAAAGGAUUAGAUACUGAAUGAUGUCGAAUUAUACUGACCAAUCUCAUACAUUAAAGUUUUUUAAAGAGAAUACAGUGAGGUGAUUCUUAAAAUUUUGGAGGUGUGGAGGAUCAUAGACCCGUUUGCACGUCUGCUAAGGCUAUGGUUUUCUUUUCAGAAAAAUCCUGGGACUCAGAACAUGGGGGCCUUGGUUGAUGAGCCUCCCUUCCCAUGCCCCGAGGCUUUCUGGUAAUCCCUGGUUGAGAAAUCUUAUUCUAAUGGAACACACAAUGAUGAUGAGUUAAUGUGUAACUUUUAAAAAAUGGACUUGAGAUACAUGCAGUAGAGUAAUCCUUAAAGAAAGUACCUAAUAUGGUAGGUGAUACUGCCUUUCAGCCCUGCUCUGAAAGAAUACAAGAAGGGUACAUUCCUUUUUCUGUAUCUUAAGACUGAAAAAAAAAAAAAGACUGGACUAGAGUAUAGCACUAAGUACUGAUAGAGCCCAAAGUGGAAAAUCUUAAGCAUUAAGUUUGUUUUAGUCAAAGGAAGAAAAACUGAAGGGCAGCUAUCUGUUAUGGAGGUGAUUUUAUAAACUUCUUUAUUUGGAAGGAUUAAGUAUUCUAAUGGGUUUAGACUAUGGUAGAUGGAAAAACUAACAGGUAAUACAAAUUGUGGAUCCAGUUUUUUGUUUGUUUGAUUUGAAAGGAUGAUAAAACUAAUUGUGGUUGGGAUAUUUAUGUCAUUUGAAAAGAUUAUAAAUUACAAGUUUUCAUUGAGUUGGAAUAUGAAGCUCAUUUUUGAGAGGCCCUGUAUCCCAUUUCUUGUUUUACAAUAAAGAAAAAACUAAAGCAGAAUUAGUCAUUUUUUGAAUAAUGUCUAUUAAAUCUUAGCCAUUUUGGUUGUCACCUCACCGGGUAUUUAAAGGUAGCUGUUGGGACCUGGUUCUCUUUUCCUGACUUCCCAGUCCUGGUCCGUGACUGCCCUAUUGAGGUAACUAUCUUUCUAAUCACAGUGAAGGAAUUGAAGCCUCCAUACAGUAAAUCCUCAUUAUUCUCAGACUUUGUAUUUGCCAAUUUGCCUACAUGCUAAAAUUUAUUUGUAACCCCCAAAUCAGUACAGGACUUUUGAUGUCAUUCUUGGACAAACAUGGAGUGCCAAAAAAUUUGAGUCAUUCGAGGUAUGUGUUCCCAGAUAGGUCAAACAGGGCAACACUGUGGCUUGUUUCAGCUGUCAGACUGUAUAAUAACCAAGUAUCCUUUUCAUGGUCUAGUGCCAUGUUUUUUCUCAUUCAAGGGCUUUUUGUUGGUGAUUUUGCUAUUUAAAAUGGCCUCCAAGUGUUGUCAUGCUGAAGUGCUGUCUAGUUUACCUAGGCACAAGAAUCCUGUGGUGUUCUUUAAGGAGAAAGUAAUACCUAAAUAAACUUCAUUCAGGCAUGAAUUACGAUGCUGUUGGCCAUGAGUUUACCAUUAAUGAAUCAACAAUAUAUUGUAUUGAUGGGUUGACAAAAAUGUGACAAGAGGCUCACAGAAAUGUACCCCUGUAAAUUCUCUAGGAGCAAUGGUUUAGUGUUGACUAAUUCAGAGUUUGUGGUAAUUUUAUAGAAUAUAACUACCCCAGAUAACAAGAAUUGACCUUUCGGAACAUGUACAAUCAGGGAAGGAAAGGCAGAAAUGUGUGUGCUGGUUGUAUUACACAAAAAGAGGAAAGAGAAUUUGAGAAAAAUUUUGGCUAUCUCGAACAAGUUGUCUCGCCACGUGUAUCAUUGGGUACUGCUUCAUGUAUUUUUCUCAUAAUGGGAUGAAGGAAAUCAGCCCUCUUCCCCCCAUUUUACUCAAAGAAGUUUGUCACUUUCUGAAAGUAAGAAAUAAAGGAAUGCUGUGACUCCCUU